GGCCACGCUCCUCCUCCUCCUGCUGCCCCUCCCACCCCAGCUCCGUGUUCCCCUGAAGGGCCGGGCUUGGGAGCGCAGGUAGGCCUCAGGAGCAGCCUCGGCCUCGCGUAGCUCGCCGAGCCGGGUGAUGACGACGGCGACGCUACUGCUGCCGCUACUGAGGCGAGGCCCUCGCUGAGGAAGAAGGCCGCCGCCGCCGUCAUGCCGGCCAAGAGGAAGCUGGUGCCGCCGGCCCUCAACAUCACCCCGACCAUCGCCGAAGGGCCCAGCCCCACAGGCGGGGAGGUCGAAGGCUCCGAAGCACAUCUUGUUGACCUCCAGAAGAAACUGGAAGAACUGGAACUGGACGAGCAGCAGAAGAAACGGUUGGAGGCUUUUCUCACCCAGAAGGCCAAAGUUGGAGAGCUGAAAGAUGACGAUUUUGAGAGGAUUUCUGAGCUGGGAGCCGGUAAUGGUGGAGUGGUCACCAAAGUACAACACAAACCCUCAGGGCUAAUCAUGGCACGGAAGCUGAUUCACCUGGAGAUCAAGCCUGCCAUCCGAAACCAGAUAAUCCGCGAGCUCCAGGUGCUUCACGAGUGUAACUCUCCAUACAUUGUGGGUUUCUAUGGCGCCUUCUACAGCGAUGGGGAGAUAAGCAUCUGUAUGGAGCAUAUGGAUGGAGGUUCCCUAGAUCAGGUUUUGAAAGAAGCCAAGAGAAUUCCUGAAGAUAUCUUGGGGAAAGUCAGCAUAGCGGUUCUGCGAGGAUUGGCUUACUUACGAGAGAAGCACCAGAUCAUGCACAGAGAUGUGAAGCCUUCUAACAUCUUGGUGAAUUCCCGGGGAGAGAUUAAGCUCUGUGAUUUUGGAGUCAGCGGCCAGCUCAUCGACUCCAUGGCGAAUUCCUUUGUGGGCACUCGCUCCUACAUGUCUCCUGAGCGCUUACAAGGUACGCACUAUUCGGUCCAGUCUGAUAUCUGGAGCAUGGGUCUCUCUCUGGUGGAGCUGUCUAUUGGAAGGUAUCCCAUCCCGCCGCCAGAUGCCAAGGAACUGGAAGCGAUAUUCGGCCGCCCCGUGUUCGACGGGGCAGAAGGGGAAUCCCACAGCAUCUCACCAAGGCCCAGGCCCCCAGGCCGCCCUGUUAGCGGCCACGGGAUGGACAGUCGACCUGCGAUGGCUAUCUUCGAAUUGCUGGACUACAUAGUUAAUGAGCCACCUCCAAAGCUGCCAAACGGGGUUUUCACUCAAGAGUUCCAGGAGUUUGUAAAUAAAUGCUUAAUUAAAAACCCUGCUGAACGGGCAGAUUUGAAGAAGCUGAUGAAUCACACCUUUAUCAAGCGCUCCGAAGUGGAAGAGGUGGAUUUUGCCGGCUGGCUAUGUAAGACGCUGCGGUUGAACCAGCCCAGCACUCCCACCCGCACCGCCAUGUGACCGCCAAGGAAGCCGCCUUCUUCCCCCCCCCCUCUCGUGCAUCUUGCUUGUCUGCUGUCAUCCACCACCCUUCAGCAGAAGAAAAGAACCCGCCUCUCUCGGCCUGCCUCUCCUCCGCGACCUCUGUUUUUUUUGUUUUGUUCCGGAACAGCAAAGGCGCCGCAGUUCGGAAGCUGCCCAGUCAUCCAGACAGCGAGAGCAGAAAGCGGGCUUGCUUCACCCUCUUCCUGUUUUGUUGUUCGGCUUCAUCCCUCUCCCCACAGCGGAGUGUGGAUCUCUUCAGAGCUUCUGACUCUGGGCAAGGGAUUGGGGGGGGUAUGUACAGCAGCGGGUGAGCUGCUUUUCGUUUACGUUUUGUGUCACCAGUUUUGGGGGAAAGGGACAGGCUGUGCCUUCUUUCCUUUCUUUCUGUGCACUUGCUUCCUGGGCGGGGGGCCUGAGAGGCGCAGGCAGGCAGGCUUGCCGGGCGGGUGCUGCAGAUGGGUGGAGAAAUGUGGAGCAGCUUGGGCGGGCGGAAGCGGGCCGAUUAGCCAAUGGAGCAGCGUGGCAUUUCGUCGGGGUCCUUGCUAGAGCCUGUCGGAGGAAGAUAGCAAGAGCGACCGUGCGAUUUUAAGGAAGUUUGUGUUUGGUGGUUGAAAAGCUAGCAGUCAAUUCCUUCCCAUGCUCUCCUCCUCCUCCUCCUCCUCUUCCCCUCCCCACGGUUUCUGCAUUCAGUUUCUUUACAAGAGAAGUCCUUAGUUCCACUUACCUCUUUGUGUUUGUGGGAGAGGGAACGCCCAUGGCUUCAAGGCGAACGUGGAAGUGUCUUCACGUGUGUCUUGUGUGUGAGAGUGUGUAAUUUUUACGUACAAAUGCAACACGCGCACCGGGGGCGGGUUGUAUCCGGCGCUAGUCGUGCUCGGCGUAGACCCGUUGAAAUUAGCGGACAUGCCCAUUUUGUGUGCAUGCGUUUUGGUGGGUCUGUUCUGGGUUGGGGCUUGUUGGUUGCAGCCCCAUCCGUGCCCCGUGGAAAUUGUGUUGUCAUUAUAAUUCAUGUAGAAUUGGGGGGGGGGAGCAGCAGUCCACACGCUGCUUCUCCAACGAUGUGACAGUUUUUAAAGCCAUCUCCUUCCAGUCUGAACAGAGUGCUUUAUUUCUGAAAUCAUGUGCCCUAACUCGUCGAAGUGGAGGGUGGAGAUCAGUAGUCUUUUGCGGGUAUUUAUUGGAGAAGAAUCACAGCUGCUAAUUCUUGACCUUGACGGCGGAGGGGACACGAAGGCCGCCUUUUUGUCCAGCGCACGCUCAGUGUGUGUUGUUCCUUGGGCCUUGUAGCGGAGGUAUCGCUCUUCUGACAAAGGUAUCGUCGGUUUCUGCCUUCUUGGUACUGGCAUUGUUACGUCUCUGUUUCCGAGAGUGUGUGAUUUAAUUGUGAAAGAGUCCCAUGCUACAAUGGAUGCUUCUCAGUGUCUUGCUGAUGCUGCUGCCCUCCAUAGCUCAGAGGAGGCGUCGCCUCUGCAGCAGGUGAACUGGAAGAAAAGCUGGUGGCGGUGGUUAGGCUCCCCCCCUCGCCCCCCAGUCCUCAUCCCCAAUCUUAUCAGAUCCUUCUUUAAACUUCCAUUUCUCUCUCUCUCUCGCUCAAACUCUCUCCCCCCCCCCUCUUUCAUUUCCAGUUAAUUCCUUUACCAUUAUUGGCUUUUAGCUGUCCAGGUAACUGAAGGGGAGUGUAUGAGUGAGACCCAAUACACGCUUGCCCUACAGCCCAUUUUCUUUCUUUUUUUAAAAAAAGCAUAAAAAGGGAGAGUCAGGUUCUUCAAAGUUCUCCGCCACCUCGCGGUCGAUAAGGUGUUGGCAUUUUGUUCUUCUUGAAUACUGGGCCCUCUGCCAUUCUGGGAAGUGUGGGAAUCGGCGUCCAGCCGGCCAUCGUGCCCCACCCCUUGAAUUCCAGCAGGUAAGGAAGCCACAGCUGGGUGGCUGAACCAGGUGGAGUCCCCUCAGGGGAGUGGCCAAAUCAGGGCUUGCUGAGGAUGAUGUUGAAGAGGUGCUGGCCAUGGUGCAGGCCGAAGCAAGCGGCAGGUGGGCUGACGGAUGAGUCACUCGGCCACAACGGAAGCUAGCAGCUCGCAUGGGACCACCACUUUCCUGUUAGCUCACCUUGCUAGGAACCCUGCAUCCAAAAAAAACCCCAAACCCCUAUCUAAGGUGAAGCUGCUUUUAAAGGACACGGUUGCCUUGAGCUCCCCGACACAAGGGAUUAACUUUUCCCCAGCCUCUCUUGGCACUUACCUCUCGAAAGGUGGCAGAGCCUGUGGGUAUCUUGGCACCCAUGCAUGGCGCAGCUGGCUGGCAUGGUUGCCAGGUGCUCCGCAGGAGAGAAAGGCCCAGUUCAGCGACCGAAUGCCUACCUCCGGGAGUCUGCACCAUAAUGUCUCCCAACAUGUUUCCCAGAGUGUCUCCGUGGGGGUGGGGGAACUUUGUGGAGUGCCUACCCCGAGGGGGGGGAUUUUGGAGUGCCUUCUCAAAAUUUCCAAAGGUUGUUGGGUUGCUAAGAGCAAAAUGGAAGGCUCUCCCUCUAUUGGCAGUGCGACCUGAAAUCCCUGGGACUCCCCCCUCUGCAGAGAUGUGUACACAGAACAACCUUUAGCCACAAGACGGAGGCUGUGCCGUGCAGGCACAUUUCUUGACUUUGGUGAACUGGGCUGGUCUCUUGCAUUCGGGACUUAGUGCGGCAAGCCGCUUUUUCUCUCACCAAGCCCUUCUCAGAGAAAUCCCCUACCCCCCUCCAAAAAAAAAAACCCAAUUCACUCAUCUCUCACCGAACCCUCUCCUCAUAUACUCAAACUUCCUUCUGUUUCUCGGUGGCUUGUCUGUGAAGGAUAUUUGAGUAUCAGUACUUUCCAUUGGCUCCUACCCAAUUACAGGGCAAAGAUGUGAGCUUUGUGCGUAAUUUUGAGGGAGAGAAACUGAGCCCUUGCGUGUCUCAUCGCUGCCUUGGGUUUUUCUUCGCUGCCCUCUGCCUGCAGGUAGAUGGCAUGGCCCACAUCUUUCCUAUAGGUGGUGGUUCUUCUCUCCUGCACCCCCCCUCCGGACUGCUAGCAUCUGAUAUGAUCUAAAAGGGGUGGCGGACAGGACCCCGCAAGCUGACGAAGACUGCUAGGAAGAUAAGCCAGGCGAGGGGAGAGACCCUCUGUUCAAUCAACUGCUGUUGAUUGUGGAUACGGAAUAUGCUGGUUAUGGAACGAAAGGAAAAUAAUAACAGACUGUGCAUCAUUUUAUUUCCCCUUCUAAAUAGUGUAAGUGACUCGAUCAUAGAUUUAAAAAGAAACAAAACAUUUGGAAGGUGUUUCACCCACCCACCCACUCCCCUUUUAACCUUGCAGUUGCUCUUAUUUGACGUUCUUUCUAAGGGACUCUGACCAUGUCGUUGCUGUUUUCAUAAAGUCUUCAUAAAGCAGCAAGGGAGAAAGAUGGGUGGAUUCUCUUGUGGGGGCGGUGGGGACCUUUACUGUGUGUGUUUUCUCCCCCUAGAGCAGCUGGGGGAAAACUUGCAAAUAUUCAAUCCUCUUAAAGUGGGCCGAAGGAAAUGGGAAGAGAACCCCUUAGCACAGGCAUCCCCAAACUUCGGCCCUCCAGAUGUUUUGGACUACAAUUCCCAUCUUCCCCGACCACUGGUCCUGUUAGCUAGGUAUCAUAGGAGUUGUAGGCCAAAACAUCUGGAGGGCCGAAGUUUGGGGAUGCCUGCCUUAGCAGAUCUAUAGGCGACAUUUCUUGGGUGCGGUGGGCAGGGAGGGGGAGGCCUUUUGUAACCCAAGUCUUUUUUCUCAAACUAUAAUUUGAAAUUCAUUAUCGCAGCCAGAUCUCUUCCACUUUGACACUGUCUUGACAGCUGAUUUAAUUUCCCCCUCCCCUCACUCCCCACUCCAAGUGCAAAUGUUCGUUUAUCAAAUGGGGUAACUCCUGAGGAUCUGAAUGUAUAAUAUUCAGUGUUUGAGUUAAAAGUUGUCAAUGAACUAGUGGGAUCAUGUGAUCUAAUUACUGUACUUUUUUCCCAUCAUGCUUAUAUAUAUCUGAACAGUGAGGCUUUUGCUGGGUAUGUGUGUGUGGGGGGGUGCAUUUUACGGUUCAAAAAGAUUUUUGGUUAUGUUUCCUUUAACGGCUUUGGUUUCUUGGGGAAGGGGGUUUAAGAAUGUGCUGAGCGUUUUGACGGUGCUUUUUUUUUUUUAAGAAACUAUUUUCACCAUGGGGAGAUGAAAUAAAUGGCACUUUACAUUAAGAA